AUGUCAUCGGACACGUCAUCAUCGCUACAUUUGACGGGCUCGGAGCGAUUCGGCACGAGCCACAGAAAGUUCGAUUUGCGCCUGACCGAGUCUUACGAGCUCGCCUGUCAUGUACGCUUGCCCGAUAUUCGAUUGGCCGUGCACAAUGCUAAUGCGCUCAAUCCCGCAGUACCUUGA